GCAGACAGCACCACCACAAACCCAAAUAAACAUGCAGACAGAGGGUGGUGCAUUCGAAACUCCUCCAAUCAGAAAAAAAACUAUUUUGCAUAUUCGGGGUGGCAGGAGCAACCUCUCCGCUGCGUUCUGGCCCGGUUCUGGUUGUGGUUCUGGUUCUGCGCUGACACGUGGAGAUCCAGAUACAUCGAGCUGAAGAAAGAAACACAUUUUAAAACCAAGUCAUGUGAUUAGUGCACGUCUGCGAGCCGUGCGGUCUAAUCCCAUUUCCUUAUCCGGGGCUCGCUUGAGGAGGCACGCCAUUGGUCGGCUUGCGGUCACGUGGAGCCUUAACUUUGUUCACUUGACAGAAAAGUAGGAGGGUUCAGCGAACAGAAAUAAUCCAAGAGUAAAGGGAUGGGAUAUAAAUUGUAGUUUUAUGUUUUCCACACAAAAGCCUCAGACUGAUGGUCAUGAGCUCCUAUUUGAUCAACUCCAGCUAUGUGGACCCCAAGUUCCCCCCCUGCGAAGAGUAUUAUCAGAGCAGCUAUGUGCCCAGUCACUCUCCGGACUAUCGCUCUCACAGGCAGGAGCCGAACGCCUUCCAGCCGGACUCUCUAUACCAGCACCACCCGAACACCCGGCUCAACAGCAGCAAGCAGCACCGAGCCGAACCGCCCUACUCUCCGUGCCAGCGCGCAGCUCAGCCCGCCCUCGGUGGUUAUGUCUCCCCGGGGUCAGGUCGUCCUCCGACCGGGCUGCCGACCACCCCCGUCUCAGAUCCUAGCCACCGCCACGACUCGGUGACACCAAGCCCGCCUCCGCCUCUAUCUUGCGGCCAGACGCCACGUCAAAGCGCUUCUUCUCCGGCGGGCACGCGCAAGGACCCAGUAGUGUACCCGUGGAUGAAGAAAGUGCACGUAAACAUCGUCAGUUCCAGUUACUCAGGCGGAGAGCCGAAGCGUUCGCGGACGGCCUACACGCGCCAGCAGGUCCUGGAGCUGGAGAAGGAGUUCCAUUACAGCCGAUACCUGACGCGCAGGCGCAGGGUGGAGAUAGCGCACAUUCUCUGCCUGUCAGAGCGGCAGAUCAAGAUCUGGUUCCAGAACCGGAGGAUGAAGUGGAAGAAAGACCACAAGCUACCCAACACCAAGAUCCGCUCUGGUACCCCGGGCUCCCAGAGGGGGUCUGGCUCCUAGAGCCGCUCAUCAUGACCCUCGUGACGGAUCUCUGGCCCGCUCUGGCCCCCGACCCCCAACUCGAACGCAGAAGGCGAACCCGAGUAGAACCACGGGAACUGCACUAUGAACUGGAUUGAUGCCCUUUGCUGUGAAGCGGAUAACAUUUGCGAUGAACCGAAGGAGCUAGUCUCCUCCUCUUCCUCCGCUUCCUUUACUUUUUUAUGUCAGCGCGCUGCUGCCUCCUUUCAACUUAAUCCGGUUAUUUUCGUUCGUUCUGUCUUUAGAAGAUAGAUUCACGUUUUCAUGUUUGAUAACGCAUGCGCGCAGGCCCAGUAUUCAUGUUUACUGUGCGGGACACAAAGCCCAUUACCCAAAACCAAAUGGAGCUCUGCUUUCGUACUUUUACACACACACACACGCGCACACACACACACGUGCGCGCGCACACGCACAUACACACACACAAGCGCGUGUGUGUUGUGCGUGCGUGCGUGUGCGUGUAAUGUUUCUCCUGCUGUGGACCAUUUUACUCAAAAUAAAUAUGAACGUUUUAAUUCUUUCCAUCGAUGCCAAAUGCUUUUCUUGUAACAAAAAAAGUUAUCGAACUUGUUUUUUUCCCACAUUCUUGGUGCUAGAAAAAUUAUAUAUAUAUAUA